CCGUCGAUAGCAACAAUGGGGCCUAAGAUGCAAGAAAUCGAAGUCAAAUUUACUGUAGAAGAUAGUUUUGUAACUGCUGCGUUGCCAUAUAAUAAAGCAGAAUACCAAAAAGUAGGAGAAAGUACCAAUAAUGUGUCUGAAAGAUCUGAGGACAGGAGUGUGGAGCCGUCUGUAAGUGAGAAUCUAGAAGAGGACACGAAUCCGGUUCGUAUAUCUACGAGAGCAAGAUACUCUUAUGAGUUGGACAGGUAUAACAAGCAUGCUAUGUUGAUAUUUGAAGGCAAUUCAUCCGAUGCUGGCUUUUCAUUUGAUGAUGAAGAUGGAGACCAAGGUGAUGACGUCAGUGGAAAAUUCAAGCAGACCUUUGAGAAAUUCCAUUUCGAAGUGACUAUUUAUAGGGAUUUGAAUGAUGAUGAAAUUGCGAGUACUUGUGAAAGAUUUUUUCAGCGAGACUUCACAGAAUACGGCUGUGUAGCAGUCAUGAUGUUACCAAAGACAAGAGACGGUAUAGUGGAGACCUGUCACACACCGAAAUCCGAGUUCGGAGUGAUGAGGUAUAUGUCUGAUUUGAUGCCUCCCACGCUGCAGGACAAGCCGAAGAUUUAUAUUGUGCAGACUGAAGGCUACUAUGUAAUCCCUCGUGCCCGAGUCUGGUCGACCCUACCGCAAGACAACCUGGAGUUUCGACUUUGUGUACCCAUUGUAUCAGCUCCAGACAUUCGCGGUAGAAGGUCUAAGGUCUGCUGCCUUCUAGAGUACAUUCACGAGAAGAUCAGCAGUCUCGGAGACCAAGUCGACUUGCAGACACUUCUAUCUGACUCCACAAAUGAGUUCAUCAGGACAACACAGCUCUUCGACUUUCCGUUGCCCGGGUUUUACUCCUCGCUGACCAAAGAACUUCGAUUCGUUAGAAAACCUGAAUCGUGAUGAUCUCUUAUUAUUUAUUUUUUCUAUCAAUUGAUCUCUUGGAACUCUGUAGCUGAUAUGAUGCUGAUUAUAUUCAAUAGCCGGCACAUAUGCUUCCAAAAGCAAUCAUUUUGAAGCCUGGAAGUGCAGUUUGAAGCUAAAACUGAAACUACAGCAUAAGGCACAGUUGAGACCCCAGACAAGGUUCUGCACUUUAUUUAAACUACUCAAGUAGUGUAAGUAUUCUGAUCCAGGCCCGCAAAAAAGACCCUCUAAGGCUCUUACAUGGCAAUAAAUGAAUAACACACUUGUGACUUAAAACUAAAUGAGUUUGGACCUUCCUACUGACCAAGAACAAAUUCAGACGAGUCUUUGUUAAGUUACGAAUUGUAUGUUCUACUAUAUUGGGGAAAGAAAUUGGUUAAUUUCAUGUGCAUUAUUUUAGUUUGUAUGAAAUUAUAAAAUAACAAUAAGUGUUUCAUUUCUCACAAUCUACCUAAUAAUGUAAAAAAUAUGACAAUUAUGAUUAUAGGGUUAGUUAAAAAAACGUUUUGUAAUCAAUUAAAGUAUUUUCUUCUAGGUACUUAAUUGUUUUAUUAUUUAUUUAAUUCGUGCAAUAACUCUAACCAUACAUCCAUCGACUAUAUCGCACCUACGGUGCAAUAUCGUCACUUAUGCAAUUUUUGUCAAAACUUAACUGAU